AUGCGACAAGAUAACGGAUCGUACUCUAUGCGUGUGUUAAACAUUCCUAGUGAUGUUAACGUCUUCCAAGUGUUCGACGAAAUUACUCUGAGGUUUAAAGUGAAAGACUUUCUUUUCUGCUGUAAAGGAGAAAAAUGGCAACACAGGUUGAGCCACCAAAUGGGAGGUGCAUAUGGUAUUGUGUGUUCUUCUGUUAAUCGUGAAACCAAUGAGAAAGUUGCAAUAAAGAAGAUACACAAUGCGUUUGACAACCGAAUUGAUGCCCUGAGAACAUUGCGUGAGCUUAAGCUUCUUCGACAUCUUAGACAUGAAAAUGUUAUUGCUCUUAAAGAUGUGAUGGUGCCUAUACACAGAAGAAGUUUCAAAGAUGUGUAUUUGGUUUAUGAGCUUAUGGAUACUGAUUUGCAUCAGAUUAUUAAGUCAUCUCAGGCUCUUACAAAUGACCAUUGCCAGUAUUUCCUCUUUCAGUUAUUGCGAGGCCUCAAGUAUCUCCAUUCAGCAAACAUCCUCCACCGUGAUUUAAAACCCGGAAACUUACUCAUAAAUGCAAAUUGUGACCUAAAAAUAUGUGAUUUUGGUCUUGCAAGAACAAGAACUACUAAAGAUCAAUUCAUGACAGAAUAUGUUGUCACCCGUUGGUAUAGAGCCCCAGAGCUCCUCCUUUGUUGUGACAACUAUGGCACCUCCAUUGACAUUUGGUCUGUUGGUUGCAUCUUUGCUGAACUUCUUGGAAGAAAACCUCUUUUUCCAGGCACAGAAUGUCUUAAUCAAUUAAGACUAAUCAUAAACAUUCUUGGAAGCCAAAGAGAAGAUGACAUUGAGUUUAUUGAUAACCCAAAAGCAAGAAAGUUCAUAAAGUCACUUCCUUUCUCACAAGGGACUUCGUUUAAUCGGUUGUAUCCUCAUGCACAUCCGUUAGCUGUUGAUUUGUUGCAAAAGAUGUUGGUUUUUGAUCCUUCAAAGAGGAUUAGUGUGACUGAAGCACUUCAUCAUCCGUAUAUGUCAUCACUUUAUGACCCGAGGUGUGAUCCUGUGGUUACAUGUCCAUUGGAUAUGGAUAUAGAUGAGGAUUUAGGGGAGGAGAUGAUAAGAGAGAUGAUGUGGAAAGAGAUGCUUCAUUAUCAUCCUGAAGUUGUUGCUAAUGGUAAUGCAUAGGUAAUGUUUCUUGUUACCAU